AUGGGUAAUAUACAACAACAUUGCCGAGGUAUAACUAAUGAUCUUCUUGAACUUGAUCGUCCUGGAGCCAUUUAUUUACCUAAUGAUACUGUAUCUGGUAGUAUUUUAUAUAAUAAAACAACAAAAGCAUCUAUUGUAUUAACUGGUAUUAUUUAUUUUAAAAAACGUAAAAGAAAAAGUUUAGAAAAAUGUCAAAUAAAAUUUUUUUCAACUGAAUUUAAUCUUAUUUCAUCAUUAAAUAAAAAACAAAAUUUUCAAUUACAUUUAGAUGAUCAUUUACCACCAUCAUUUAAUGAUAUAGAUACAUAUCCAAAUAUAACAUAUUCAAUUAAUCUUAUUAUUAAUAAAAAAUCUAAAAAUGAAAUUUUAUCAUCAAUACCAAUAUGUGUUUGUCCUCAUGUAUAUAUCGAUCGACCUUUACUUUUAACACCAUUAUUUUUUGGUCCAAUUGAAAAUCAUAUAUCAGGUAUUAAACUUGAAGUUAAAAUAAAUCGUGCUAUUUUUACAUUCAAUGAUAUAAUACAAAUUUUUUAUGAAAUGCAAAAUCCAAAUCAAGCAAAUAUUUAUAAUAUUCAAAUAACUUUAGGAAUCUAUUAUAUUAUCGAAUCAAAUGUUUGGCAAAAAGAUUUAUGUAAUGCUGCUGAGAAUUUCAAUAAUAUGGCAUCAAAUAAUAAAUUAAUAAGAAAUAAAGCUUUAAUAAAUAUACCACAUAAAAUAUAUUUACCGCCAACAUUUAAAUUUAAAUAUGGACUAGAUAAUGAUUCAUCAUCAUUUAAUUUAGAAAUUGAGUAUAAAAUACAUUUUAAAGUUUAUUUCGAACAUACAGAAAAUUUAUGGCAAGUAGAUGUACCUAUUAUGAUAUGUAAUGAUACAAUAGAACAAACUGAAAAUAUUGAAGAAGAAAAAAAUAAUGAAAUCAUGAAUGUCGAAGAAGAAAAUGAUAAUAAACCUGAAAAUAUUGAAGAAGAAAAUGAUAAUAAACCUGAAAAUGUCGAAGAAGAAAGUAAUAAUAUGACUGAAAUGAAUUUACAAUCUUUUAAUGUAAAUACUAAUAUUGUUGAAAAUAAAGAAAUGUAA